AGUGGUACAAAUAGUAGAAAGUUACCUUGAAUAUUAUCAGCAGGUGGUCUGUCUAUCCGGUACCAUCGCCACUGCUACCGUGUUGUCGUACGCCCCGUGACCUUGGGUCAAACCAACCCAUUCAUACACUACUCAGCCUGCUUUUAUCUUUCGCGCUAGUUGUCACUUGAACUGAUAAUAAUCCAACGAUACCGUGUUAUGGGAAAAUAAUGUGUUUUGUGUCUUUUAUUUUUUAGUUUAUUUGCAUUUGUUGUUGACCGUGAACGUGUACUAUCACUGAUAACACUGCAUUUAUGACAGUUUUUUCCUCUGAAAAUGUGUUGAGUUCGUGAAAGAAGGAGCUUAGAAAAUCGAUGUUACCGAGGCUGCCCUAAUUGGCUUACUACAACCCUUAGAGUUUGGUUUUAUUCGCGUUAAUAUUAUAUGUUCAUACGUGCUUCCUUCCUGCGUCCACCGGUCUCCGCAUCAUCCCCCAAAUGCUCGCGUAUGCAUAGUUCAGUGAAAUAUUCGGAUUUCCACAUUUCGCGUGCUCCAUUCAUAGCUAUUACCGGAUUAUUUUUGCAACGAAUACAACAGUCUUCAAAUAUGUCUAACAUUGGUUGUAUGAUGGCAAAAAAUGGCGGCUAAACCACCAAAGCCGCCUGACAAUAGUAGCGUACGUAUGGUCAAAUUAGAAAAGGAACAAAAUUCUACGGAGGAUUUAUUUCAAUGUCAGCCGGCAGAAGACGAGAAAUCCGAUUGUUCCUGUACGAAUAUCAGCAUAAGACAAUUAUUCUAUGAAAUGAAGCAAAUUUUUCCAACGGUCCCGGAUAACGUUGUAAAUCAAUGCGUUAUCGAUAAUUGUCACGACCGUGAGAAUUGCAUAAAGAUACUAACCAACGAAGUAGCAGCUCAUCCAACAUCCGCUCAAUCAUAUCCAUCGCAAUCCAUACGGGGUUGUGGUAAUAUAGGUUCUAACACCGGAGGUAGUGUAGGGAGUGGAAAUCAAAUGAUUUCAGCAGCCCCAAGCAGGAAACCUUUAGUACCAGUUCGUCCCGCUCCGACACCGAAACCAACGAAUAGUGGCAGUGGUGAUGUUCAAUUAAAUUCAAAAAAACUGAAAGCAAGUUUUAAUCAGUUAAGGCAAGAUAUAAAGAAUGAGUUAGAUGCUAUAAGAGGUAAUUGUAGUAAUAAUAGUGAUAUGCGACCGUCCGCGGUGAAUAGUGAAACACUAACAAAACCAACCGUUCCCCAAAGACCAACAACGCUCAAUUUACGCGAUCCAGCUACGAGAGCAGUGCCAAACACAAGGACCUUGAAUCGACCCACCCGAGCCGCCCCUCUCCCACCGUCAGCGUCAGCAGUUCCUGGAGCAAAAUCCGCCCCCCUGCCGCCUCAAUCAGUACUUCCUCCAUCCCAACACCAUAGCCUAAAUGAUCCGACCACGAACCAAAGCUUCAGCUCUGGAGCAUCCGUUCAAAGUCCCAUGAGCUUUUCUGAUUCCGGCGAAUCUGAAAUUUCCGUAAAUAUUUCCCUAUCGCCCAGUUCAUCGGAUCGUUCGCGGGUGGGUGUUGGUGCAAGUGGUGUUACACCGACGAGAUGCAUUACAACGAUAUCCGUGCAACCGGAACCAGCAUACACAAGAGCUAUUUCAGGAGCAGAACCAGGAAUGCCAACACCUAUAACAACAACUCCACAUCGAAGUUAUACCUCCCUCAAUGUGACACUGCGUAAACCGAGCGAUUCUCCUCAAUCACCAAUCGAUAUAACCGCCGGUUCCGUAUUAAAAUAUAGUAGUACGCGAUAUGACGCAAUCAAUGGCUGUGAACAAAAUUUUCAUAUAACGGUUACAGAUGGGGGUGGGUCGGUUACAUCGUCACGAAUUAGACCGCGAAGUUGUCACUAUGAUCCAGAAAUAGCUGGAAAUACGUCAGGACAAUACACAUUACGUACGGGUAUCUCAAUGCCAAAUGUGGCUUCACCAAAUACACCCGUCGGGGGUCAGACAACGAGCUUUAUGGGACCACCAGCAGGCGGAUCGGCGGCGGCAGCAGCUCAAGAUGAAAUCAUUCGAAGACAACAGGCUCGUAAAAGUAAAUUAUCGAAUGAGGUGAAAAAUAAACGGCAACAACUGGAGGAAAUGAAUAAAGAAAUUAACAUAUUACAAUCACCGAUGUCGCCGAAUGUGUGUGAUCAAUUAGAUCGUGAAAUUGAAAUUUUACGCUAUGAUUGUGAAAGACUUUGUCAAGAAAUUAAUAGUCGAAAUGGAAAUGCAGGUGUUUCUUUCGAGAGAGUUAUUGAAAAUAUGUAUAGCGGUCAACCAUCUGGAAUACCAGCACGGCAGAGGCCACCUCCAAUACCGCCAGCACUAUCACGAUUUCGAUCGCGGCAGUCACCAUACUAUAGCACACCAUCAGCCGAACCGUCGAAUGUCAUUCAAAAUCCCUACCAGCGAUCACAAUCAUAUCCUCUUCAGGCCGGUGCAAUUCCUCCAAACCAUGGCGGCUACGAUCAAGCCGACUACACGAAUGCAAACUAUAUAGAUGACAAUGGACCGCCAUGGAUUUGCAGCAUGUGUACAUUCCAAAACUAUCCCUUAUUAAAUAAGUGUGAAGGAUGCGAUAAUGUUAGAAUAAUUCCUGGUACUGUACAAAUAGUUCCGUCAUCGUCUGCAUUGCCUGUCGGUUCAUUGCUGCCACGUUUACCUAAUCCUAAUAAUAAUAAUAAUACUUCUCCUGCGCUUGCUGCUUCUGGGGCAGCUGCAAAUACGAUUGUGACGCCGCCAAUGCAACCAGUUGUUUCUACUCACCAUACACCUCUGACUAGCAAUAAUUUUGUGAAUAACAAUAGCGCGACUAGUAAUCAUAAUCAUUUACACAACUUAGGGUACUUGCCGGCUAAUGUGCAUAGUAAUAAUAGUCCCAUUGUUCAGAAUAAUAAUAAUUCUGGACGUUCACCUAAUAUGCAUCAGUUAGUUGCUUAUCCAGCUGUGAUGAAUCCAAACUUUAUGAUUCCACAAUAACUUAGGAUAAGCUCAUGAAGCAGGUUGAAAAAUGCUGAUAAAAUCUCCUCAAACCUUUGGGAAAUCAUAAUAAACGAGAAUACAAACUAGCUGAUUCGAAAAACGGGUCUUCCAAGCCUUCAUCACAAAAGAAUAGUUGAAAAAUCCUCAUCCAGCCUGAACGUCGAUUUCUCUUUUGAUCAGAAUGUUAGUUCAAUUAUUUUAUCCACAACGAGGUUUCUCCUAACCGACAAACCGUUCAAAACCCUGCGAUAUGCCUUCGUAUUUAAUCUUUAUGAAAUUUCUUAAUAGAUAGAAACGAUAGUAUAAAAUUUAGAUCAAAUUAGUUUUAUGUUACGGAUAGCUUUUGAGCGAUUAGAUAUCCUAAUCGCACGUAAAAUUAUUUAUUAUAAAACCAUUUACAUAAGCUUUGGAUGUUCUCGUCUGUUCCAUCCAUUCGUUAAAAUUUAUCUUCAGUUCGAAAAAAACCGCUGCUUAUUAUUUGAUUUCUUAAUUUCAUGAACCCGGAAAGAUCGUUACUGCAAGAAUGCAAGUAUAAUACCACUAUCUUCAGUUUAAGACUGUUUUUACUACUUCUAUACAAUUUUAUCUUUUUCUAUUUGAUUUGUUUAAGAUGCUUAAAAUCCCACGCGCUAACCUUGAAGCUCCAGAUCGGGUUUAUUCUAAAAAUUAGUAUUCUAAGUGAAAAGAAAGUAUUGCAUUAAAUUUUUCAAACCAACGACGAGACUUUUCUAGAGAAUAUAUACAUAUAUAUAUAAAUUAUAUUAAUGAUCGCAAAUAAAGUCGAAAAUAUCUCCUUGAAACACCAAAACAACUAACAAAGAUGGCAUGUAUUUUUAUAUGUAUCUCCUAGACAUUGGAAAAAUAAUAAAGUAUGAAACAUAUUUUUUAAAGUUUUAGAAAAUUAA